AGAACCUGGAGAAGCAGAUGCGCCAGCUGGCUGUGAUCCCGCCGAUGCUGUACGAUGCUGACCAGCAGCGCAUCAAGUUCAUCAACAUGAACGGGCUCAUGGACGACCCCAUGAAGGUGUACAAAGACCGCCAGGUCAUGAACAUGUGGAGCGAGCAGGAGAAGGAGACCUUCCGGGAGAAGUUCAUGCAGCACCCCAAGAACUUCGGCCUGAUUGCAUCAUUCCUGGAGAGGAAGACUGUGGCUGAGUGUGUCCUCUAUUACUACCUGACCAAGAAGAACGAGAACUAUAAGAGCCUGGUGAGGAGGAGCUACCGGCGCCGCGGCAAGAGCCAGCAGCAGCAGCAGCAACAGCAGAUGCCCCGGAGCAACCAGGAGGAGAAGGAGGAGAAGGAGAAGGACAAGGAGGCCGAGAAGGAGGAGGAGAAGCCGGACGUGGAGAACGACAAGGAGGAACUGAGCAAGGAGAAGACGGACGACACCUCUGGGGAGGACAACGAUGAGAAGGAGGCAGUGGCCUCCAAAGGCCGCAAAACUGCCAACAGCCAGGGAAGACGCAAAGGCCGCAUCACCCGCUCGAUGGCCAAUGAGGCCAACAGCGAGGAGGCUGUCACCCCGCAGCAGAGCGCUGAGCUGGCUUCGAUGGAGAUGAAUGAGAGUUCUCGCUGGACUGAAGAAGAGAUGGAGACAGCCAAGAAAGCUCCCAGAGGGGCUCUUGUUUCCAUCCUGUCUCACAGAGGAGGAAGUGACUAGCGGGGCCUCCAGCUCUCGUCCCCCUGGCCCCACAGGGCCCCACCGCUGACGUGCAGCUUCUUGUGCCCAGAGCUCCAGGUCGUGACCCACAGAGGGAACAAAUGGCCUUUUUUGUGAAGGCCCCGGGUGCACGGGGGCAGGCGAGUGUGAGGACAGGGCGGCCUCCAGGCCCCCCCCUCCACCCUGGAAAGGGGCUGCUGUGUGACCUGAGUGCUCUGCCCUGGUGUUUCAGAAACCACCUAGGAGCAGCCCCAGACCUGAGCAGGCUCCUCCCGCCCUCCCGAGGCCCCAGGCCCCCCUGCCGAACUCCCCGCCCUGGAGCGAGACCCACCGAGGCCCUGGAAGAUGAGAGGUUUUCAGCAGAGCAGUACAGUACGCGGGGGGCCUAGGCAUUGUCUCUAGCUGCAGGGCACAGGGGGCUACACUGUUGCUUUCCUUUGUCCUCUGUCCACCGUGUGGUUCCAGGAUGGAUUGCACUACUGGGUGCAAAGGAGGCUUCCCUGAGAGCGUGUGAGCUUUUUCCUCUCUGUUAUGUAAUUUCGGCAAAACACGCAUAACAUAAAACUUACUGUUUACUAUUUAAAAGUGUACAGUUCGGUGGCAUUAAGUAUUUUCACAGUGUUGUGCAACCUUCACCUCUUCCUGGUUCCAGAACAUUUUAUCACCCCAGACGGAACCCCGGUGCCCACAAGUGGUCACACCCAGCCCCCAAGGCCUGCCAGCCCCUGGCAUCCACUCAUCUCCGUUCCGUCUGUGGAUUUGCCAUUUACAUGAAUGGAAUCCUGCAGUACGUGCUCUUCUGUGUCUGGCUU